AUGGGUCGUCAAACAUCUCGUUCAUUAAAUUCACGUCAACCAACAAACAAUUCCACCGUAACAAAUACAAAUGGUGAUUUAACAACUCAAUCAUCAUUAACAACAAAUACAAAUCGUAAUAGAUCAAAUAGUAAUCGAAAAUCAAAAUCCAAUAAUAAUGAAUGUUUAAUAUCACAAGAAUCUCCUUCAAAUUCUUCUCAUGCUGAUACAACAAUAAUGAGUGUUCUGAAUGAUUCAUCAUCAAAUGAUAUGGAUGAUGAUAUAGCAUCACCAACAAUAAGUAAUACAAUUAAUAAUAAUUCAAAGAAAAAAUCUUCAAAGAAAUCUAAAACAAACAAAGAUAUAAAAGCUUGCAGAAUUAUUUUAAAUGAAUUAUUAAAAAGUGAUGUAUCAUGGCCAUUUCAAACUCCAGUUGAUGCUAAACAACAUCCAGAAUAUUAUGAAUGUAUUAAAAAUCCAAUGGAUUUUUCAACAAUAAAAAAGAAAAUGCGUAAUAAUCAAUAUACAAAACGUGAAGAAUUUUUACAUGAUGUUGAAUUAAUAUUAAAUAAUUGUGAAUAUUUUAAUGAAGAUGAUAGUCCAGUUGGUCAAGCUGGACAUUUAUUACGAACAUUUUUUCAAUCACAAUGGACGAAACAAUUCGGUUAG